AUUAUAUUUUCCAUUUUAUCUAACAAAACUAAGGUGAGAAGUUUUCACAGAGUCACUUUACUCAUUGUUUGGCCACAAAAAAAUCUUUCCUUUUCAUUCAUCAACUAGGUUAAGCUGACAAGCUCUUUCUCUUUCUCUUUCUUCCCUUUAAUGCCAUUGGUGGACUUGAAUUUAAAGUGACAACAGCACCAAAAAGGACAGCACCAGAAAAAAGCAAAGCAAGCUGAAACUAGACAUGUGUACUGGUCAAUCCUUGUGCCUUCUGCUUCUUGUAAAUGAGCUUGGAUUUGUAGUCUAGAUCGCCACUGAAAAUGACAAGGCAGAAAAUCCAGAUCAAGAAGAUUGACAACCAUACAGCAAGGCAAGUAACUUUCUCUAAAAGAAGAAGAGGGCUUUUCAAGAAAGCUUAUGAGCUCUCUACUCUUUGUGAUGCUGAGAUUGCACUCAUUGUCUUUUCUGCAACUGGGAAGCUCUUUGAGUAUGCUAGCUCAAGUAUGACUCAAGUGAUUGAAAGACACAAUUUGCAUCCAAAGAACAUUGGCAAGUUAGAUCAACCUUCUCUUGAGCUGCAGCUUAAAGAUGGUACGUCUGCUGCACUGAGCAAGGAAGUAGAAGAGAAGACCCGUGAACUGAGGCAGAUGAGGGGAGAAGAACUCCAAGGAUUGAGCAUUGAAGAACUUCAACAAUUAGAGAAAUCAGUUGAAAGAGGCUUGAAGCGAGUCAUGGAAACAAAGGGUGAUGCAAUUGCAAAUGAAAUAAAUGCCCUCAAAAACAAGGAGGCUCAAUUGAUGGAAGAGAACGAGCGACUAAAGAAGCAAAUGAUGAAUGUGUCAGUAGGGUCAUCAGAUUCUAUGUUAACCAAUACCAGUAGCUCAGCAGAUCCUGCUCAAGAUUUUGACGGCUCCGAUACUUUCCUUAGAUUGGGGUUACCCUUCCCAGAUUGAAUCUGAAGUAUGGAAUGAUAUCCGAGGAUCAACAAAAUGAAUCAAACAGUUACUUAAAAUAUUCAAAAUUCUUGCUUGAUUAUAUGUAUGUGACUGUGUGUGUAUGCCUAUUGAAAAAGAAAAAUUAAAAAUAAAAAAGCCUUGUGCCACUAGGCAAGAAACUGCAGCCAUUGCAGAAGGCUGCAGGGGUUACCAUUUAAGGCUUGCACAUUGUAGCAAGGUGUGAAAUGUAUAACAUAAAAUGUAUAAUAUAAUUUUCUUCA